AUGGAGCUGUUUAACCCGGACUGCCAACUCAUUCACUUUGUCACUAAUCUGAAGCUGCGCUGUGGCCUGGACUCCACAGAGCAGGUGGAGCUGAUGGACAGCAGUGGGACGCUGGUGAAGCUGGAGGGCAGAGAGCGCAGUCUGAGCCGGGCCUCUGCUCUGCUCACAGGCCGACGCUCUUACAUGCUGCUGCGAGUCUGCAGCGUUCCUGAGGCCAAGCCGCGCUGCAGGACCAGGACCGUCUCCAGCACAAACAUGACCUUUGAAUGA